UUUAGUUCUAGAAUUCUCACAGUUUCAUUAGACCCGGCCCCAAAAGCAUACAGAAAACUGACCUGGUGUUUGAUCGCAACUUGGAGGACGAUGUCUACAUGCAUGCGGUUUUCUUGAAUCCCAACGACAGACCGGUGGCCUACAAAUUGUGGACAAACACGCCAACAGGUUUGUUCAUAGUGGAUCCAAACAUGGGGCUUGUGUGGCCCAAGAAAACACUCGUUGUGGACAUCUUGAUGGAACCCUAUGUCCCGUAUGUCGAAGGGGAGCCUUGCAUGCUCUACAUCGAGGCAAAAAUGAUCAAUGACCACAACAUCGAUCCGGAGACAUAUUGGAAUAACACAGAGAAUAACAACAAUAUCUGGAAGUACGAAUUUAGACUCGUGAUCAUUGAAGAUGUCAGAGAUUACCUCAAUGACUUUGAGAAUAUUUUGGAGGUGGCUGAGCAAUUCCCGGGUCUGAUACAUAGAGUCGAAAUGAUGAUUGUAAGAGAGAGGAGGAAGAGGUUAAACCGCAACAUACUGAUAUUGGCCAUGGUCGUUAUCGUAUGGGUGCUCUCGAUGUUUUGGUGAUUUUAUAAGUUAACCAACAUACAAAAUUUCAAAUCGAACAACAGCAAUUGUAACAAUUUGCUACUCUUCAAAAAUAUAUACAUAUUUUCAAGGCUUCAAAUCAAA